AAUGGAGUAGUACUUUAGUAGCAUAUAUGCAUAUGUGUUUGCGAAUAUUCUCAUUCAUCUCAGGGCAUUGAACGGCUGGCAAGUGGGCUGUCGCGUUUGUCCUGGAAGACGUUCGGCCUCUCAUCAGUUAGGACCCACAAAGCGCCGUUUGUGUGGAAAACUCAACUAUUUCUACUGGGUUGAGAAUAAGCAUUCAUUCAUUCAUCUUCCGUUCCGCGUAUCCUCACUCGAGCGCGCCAUAUGUACUUUAAUUUGUACUACGUCCUUAUCAACGUAUUGCAGGGAUGUUCGAUUCACUCUUGAGUACUCGCUGACACCAAUACCGAUUACUUUUGAUACGUAGAUUUUAAUGAACACGCUGACGGAGAACCUUCCUUUCUGACGUCCAUGAUAUAUAUGUAUAUAUCACAUAUACAGUGGGUACGCAAAGUUUUCAGACCCCGUUAAAUUUUUCACUUUUUGUUAUCGUCCAGCCAUUUGAUAAAAUCAUUUAAGUUCAUUUUUUUCCUCAUUAAUGUACACACAACACCCCAUAUUGACAGGAAGAAACGUAAUUGUCGACAUUUUUGCAGAUUUAUUAAAACAAAACUGAAAAAUCACACAGCCACAAGACUUCAGACCCUUUGCUGUGACACUCGUAUUUGUUUUUUAUAUUUGUAUUAUACUUACGUUUUCUUUUUUAAUAAAUCUGAAAAAAUGUCAAAAUUUAGUUUUUUUCUGUCAAUACCAAUACCGUACCCAGUGUGUGUGUCUGUGUGUAUAUAUAUAUAUAUAUAUAAAAAGACUUUAUUUAUUUAUUUUCUCUUCUUCUUAAGACAAAAAUCUCAAUUUGCCCAGAAACCUUCUGAUUUGGCAAAUUCUUCGGUUGAAGUGGCCAUUCCACCCGACCGAACUCAGCAUUUGUCACGUUGCUACUUAUUGUACCGUACAUUCCUUUUUCUUCUUACUUGAACUUGUACGAGGCUGCAAAAGAAAUGUGUUGUAUUCGGAGUAUGUGGUCCGUUUGUGUCUCUUGUGCGCUUUCGACAGCGAGCGGCGUGUGAUGAAGACGGAGCCGUCGCCCCCUCAUGGAGUGAUCAUGCGCCUCGCGGAGGUUCCAGAAGGAAAACCGAUCGUCAAACGCACUUUUUCCAAGGAGGCGCGAGGACAUUUAAUGUAAUCGGGACUCGCUAACAUGGAGCAGGACUUCACCCAGUCGCCCUUCGCCCUUUACUAACGUCAGUCCGAGGCCAUAGAAGAAAAGGCUUUCUUUCCGACAUGGCCGCCGCCGCCGCCGCCGCCGCAAGAACGCACCGAGUGAGAGACUUUAACCAUUUCAUUACCUGCUACCUUUGCGGAGGUUACCUCAUCAAGCCAGUCACCGUCACUGAGUGCCUGCACACCUUCUGUAAGAGUUGCAUCGUGCAGCACUUUGAAGAGAGCAACGACUGUCCCAAAUGUGGCAUCCAGGUCCACGAGACAAACCCCCUGGAGAUGCUCAGGAGAUCAUCUUCAAGUUGGUUCCGGGCCUGCGAGAGCGUAAGUGCUGCGUUUGAAGGACGGCGGCGUCGCGGCGGCGGCGUUGACGCUGACACAGCUGGCAUCGUUUGUGUUGUCCAGAGGAGGAGGAGCGAGAGCUGGAGUUCUGGAAGAAAAACCAGCGCGGCGAGAACCUGCCAGAAAGGAGAAAUGAGAAAAGUAGCGUCACUUGUCUGUGCGACCGCAGCUGACGUCACGGCGGGGGCGGGGCUUCCCGACGGCGAUGGCGGCGGCGCCGAUGACGACUACCACAGGAGCGACCCUCAGAUCGCCAUCUGUCUGGACUGUCUGCGCAACACGGGCCGCGUCGGCGACACCAGCGUCACGGAUCUGAUGAAGAAAUUCAUUCGCUGUUCCAGUCGCGUGACGGUGGGAACCAUCAAGAAGUUUCUCAGCCUCAAGCUCAAACUGCCCAGCUCCUACGAGCUGGACGUGUUGUGCAACGGCGAGAUCAUGGGCCGAGACCACACCAUGGAGUUCAUCUACAUGACAAGAUGGAGGCUGCACGCCGACAACACGUAUCCCAUGGUCCUGGAGUACCGACCGCGUGUCGACUUCGGAUGAAGUGCGCACGCGCACAUUUACAGGGUGUAAUGAAGAUAUUUUUGUAGAGUGUAAACAUGUUGAAGAAUUUUUAUGCCACAUAGAAAUAAUAUUAAUAUGAAUGAUAUAUGAAGAUGUGUACAUGUAUGUGCCUCAAGCUUGACUUAUGGAAGGGUUUUACUGUCGUUUGAUCGCUCACAUCCUCUUCAAUCAUGAUGUCAUCAUUAAGUGGGACUCCACUUCCUGGACUGAGUGAAAUGACUUCCUGUUCUUUUCAAGGUUUGGCUUCCUUUCUUGUCGCAAAACAAUUGCGCUCAUUACGUCGGUUUUCUUAGCGAAAAAUCGCAGCCGCGGGAGAGGUGGGGAAAAGUCGCAAAUUUAGCACCAGCUUUUGUAAACUCGCUCUUCUGGUUGUUAGUGUAAGCAGUGCACAUCAGCGAGGACGCCGUGCUUUCAACUAAGGAAGCCUCUAAAAAUUCAAUAAAUAAAUGGAUGAAAGCAACAAUACUGACCAACACGAUUUGAGGUGCAACGAUGAAUUGAAUUGAAUUAUUUUGAUCAUUGAUUAAUCGUGAGAGACCUUGUUUAAUGCAAAAUUGUCCGACGGUCUCACCAGUAAAUGUGCUCAGAGGUCUGUCAUCUUCCAUGAAAGUAGCCUGAACUUCCCCCCCCCCCAAAAAAAAAUAAGACAUUUGCUAACAUCUGAUUUCAUUUUGAAAAACAAUGAUCAACAAUUUUUCCGAUUUUCGGACAGACCAAACCAAGAACUGAGUCAUCAUCAAUUUGAAAUGAUGUCCUGUUUUCAAAUAAAGGGAUGGAACUGGAAUGCUUUUCGAAAUCCAAUCCAAUAAAAAAUAAUGGGCAGGUUAAUCGAUUAUUCAAAUAAUUGUUAUUUGUGGCCCUCGACUCCUUUUAAUGGAUAAAAUGAAAGAAUGGGCCAGCCUUAACUCUCGGACAACAACGUAAAUUCUCUUCAAAUUUCACAUUUAUUCAUUUUAGAAAAUAUUGAUGAAACGCGCACGCGCAUUCUCCAGUUCUUGUAGUAGUUCAAAGGUUCUUGUCGUCACGUGACCUCCAGUAAAGCGCGUGUGACGAUUCCGUCGGGUGCGUUCGAGGAAGUUGUGACAUGAUCGACGAGAACGUAAAGACGCGGCCGGAUGACUGCAGGUCAAAAGGUCAUUUCCAUUUCAGGACGGCGCGCGUUUCCGUUCUCGCGAGGUGACGCCGGCGUGGCGUCGAUGAACUGAGGUCGGUGACAUCGACUUGUCGGCCGGGUGGCGGGAAACGCGUGGACGCGGGCUGUCAAAAGGAACAAAUGACUCCAACCGCUUCGCUAUCUGUCGGCCUAAUCUAACCGCUCAGGAAAGAAAGUACUGUGAUCGCAAUUAGUCGUCAUUUGAACAAGUAAAGGUAGAAAAAGGAAGCUCCGGCAAGUCUGUAAUGAGUAACCUAAAGAAGUCCGGUAACCUGUAACUGCCGCAUGGAAGUAACCAACGAAACGAGUAACGUUGGCCGUAGCCGUAACUACUAAGGCCAAAUACGGCGGAACCCUCCCUCGGCUUACGAAUUGAAUUUGUUCCGUGACCCGAUGACGCAAAUUCCAUCCGUCCUUUUUCAGCUGCAGUGCGACCUUAUUUGCUCCAAACAAAUGGUGCGCGAACACAAUUUGCCGUGGUGAAAUGACAGCGUGUUCGCUGUGCGGCGUCCUCGCCGUUUCGGGUACGCUCGCCGUGGUUACCGUGAGCCCGAAACGGCCGCAGAGUGGUUUUUGCCUUGUGUUGUGGGAGGUGGCGGCCAUUUUAGGCAAAAAAAGGAAGCUCACCGAAGGCGCCGUGAGAAAAAGCCCCAAAUUCUGCCACGACUCUUCGGAAACGGAAUGGAGGUUGUUUUUCUUUGCAAAUAUCGUUCGUGAGCCGACUUGUUUGCACCGACCCUUUUUUUUCCCCCCAACAAGUGCCCCUCAAAAAUGCGUAGUUCAUUACUAAAAAGCGGUACAAAGGAGAUUGAAGGCCACUGUAACUGAAUGCACAGUUUGACCGUUUGAUUGAAGGAUUCUCUUGCGUCGCGCUAUCUCAAACCAAGCCGGUACACCCUGAACUGGUCGCCAGCCAGUCGAACUCCAAACCGGGCGGCCAGAACCCGCAUUCCGACCCUCCGCCUCUGAACUGUGAGCCGGACGUGCUCGGCGGUCGGCAAGUCGUGUCAUUCAUUUACUUUUCAUGGAAAGCACUUUGGGUUGCAUCGUAUGUAUGAAAACUGCCAUGCAAAUAAAGGCUGAUUGAUUGAUUGAUAACUUGA